GUGCAACUGACAUAUACUCCCCCUCCUCCUGCUUCUUCUUCCCUCUGCCUGCCAGAUUUCCUCACUGCCAAUGCUCGGAGUACGCCAGGCUCUUACGGCGCAGGCCCAUCUCAAGGUACUCGCAACCAGACUGGAAAUGCUCCACCUACGCGAAGAAUAUUCACCGAACGCAAUGGGCAGCCAGACUGGGAGACGAUGCUGAGAGUGCACGACAGUGUCGCCCCCGGUCCACAUCGGCCUGCGCCAGCUCGGCCUCGCGGUCCAUGGGCAGCUCUGCCAGGCCAAGAUGGUGACUUCUUCGGUGGUCUAUUCAAUUUUGCCGAUGGAAGAGGCCUCGACUUGCACAAUCUCACCAACCUCCUGCGUGUUCAUCAUCAUGCUCCUGCACGGGGAGGCGCAGCUGCGCGAGGAGGCCAUCGACCACGCCAGUCCCCUCAUCUGGCAUUGCAGAUUCCCACCAAGCACGACUUCAAGAUGGUGCUGAACCACAGGGAGCGGCCAGUGAAGGUGGGAUUUUCCUUUGGGAUCAUCGAGCCGCCUCUGGACGUCGAGACGUUCGAAGAGGACCCUCGGAUCAUACGAGGCGCUCUACCCGACACAAGCCCAAUUUGCGCUGGCUGUGACUGUGCUCUAGUGUUGGGUGGAGAUGGGAAGAAGAGGAUGUGGGCUCUUCCGUGCGGUCAUGUUGUAGACGGACGAUGCUACGAGCGCUACCGCGCAGGCGUCAAUGCCAAGACCGCCAGGGAGCUGGCGCACGGUGAAGUAGAGAGGGAGAAGCGGGAGCAGCGGGAGCAGCAACACACCAGGAUCACCGAUCUACUCGCUGGCGUCAAGCGCUCCCACCCCGACGAAGCAGACAGUAGUUCUACGGAGGACGAGGACGGGUUACCACACCCAUCAGUCAGACUGGCGACAGGUCCGGAGGCACUCGAUCCUAAAGGAAAAGAUCGUGCCAUCAGUCCAUCCCUGCCCUCCUCUGCGGUAAUCGUGGGCGAAGGCAGCGCUUCUAGUACAAGCAGAGCUCUGCGCCAUCGCGCUAUGCAGCAAAGUGAGGCACUGGGGUCAGGCAAUCCACAAUUGUCUCCCAAGGCUUCAACUAAGAGUAGUCACAGCACCAAGGGUCAGGCAUCAGAGACUGCCGAAUCGGAGCGGGUAGUAGCCUUCUUCACGUGUCCGGUGGACGGUUGCUCACAGAGGAUCUCGACUAGCCCAAACAAGCCGAGCAGCGCGAUCGAGCUGUACAUCUAGAGGAAUAUGUCAGGCCUGCUGUUCCGGGCAUCUCAAGGCUCAAGCAGAGCGCUCCGUCUUGAUUCGGCAGCACCGCUCCUGCAUUGGUCUACACGGCCACCGCCCCUUGCCUCCCAUCAACCUUCGAGCCACCCUGUUCCGACCGGCAAUAUCUGGA